AUGUGGUGCGCCGCCGCCGGGCUUCACGUUAUCGCCAUGCCACGCGAGCGCAACACCCUGCCGUCGCUGCCAAAGCUCGGACUCGGCACCGCAGCCAUCGGGCGCCCAGGCUACAUCAACCUCGGCCGAGAUGCCGAUCUGCGCGACCGCGAUGAGCGGACGCGGGAGUUUAUGCGUGAGAAUGCGCACCAUGUGCUCGACGAGGCCGUCAGACUUGGGCUGCGGUACGUCGACUGCGCACGCUCUUACGGCGAUGCGGAGUCGUUUGUCGCCUCCUGGCUCGCGCAAUCGGGCGCAGCGACGAGCGGCGUCGUCGUGGGCAGCAAGUGGGGCUACGAGUACACCGCAAACUGGCGGGUCGAAGUCGGCGCGGGAGAGGCGCACGAGGUGAAGUACCACACGGCGGCGCAGCUCGCGAAGCAGCUCGCCGAGUCUCGCGAGAACCUGCCUUCGCUCGCGCUCUACCAGAUCCACUCUGCGACCGAGGCGUCGGGCGUGCUUGAGAACGAGGAGGUCCUCGACGCGCUCGCCGCGCUGCGCGACAGCGGCGUGGUCUGCGGAGUCUCGCGAGGGAGCGAUCCCGCCAUCGCCCGCGCCAGCCACGAGGCGUUGCAGACCUGUAGGCCGUCCAUCCGCCGCGCGAUCGAAGUGGCGCGGGGCGGCGGGCCGCUCUUCGGGUCGGUGCAGGCUACCUUCAACCUUCUCGACCAGUCUGCCGCUGCGGAGCUCGCGGCGGCGCACGAGGCGGGCAUGUGCGUCAUCGUCAAGGAGGCGCUGGCCAACGGACGCCUCACCGAGCGCGCGCCCGACUCGGACAAGCUCGCGCUGCUGAGGGAGGAGGCGGCGGCGCUCGGCACCGGCGUCGACGCGCUGGCGCUGGCGUGGGUGAUCUCGCACCCGUGGGUCACGGUGUGCCUCUCCGGCGCGAGCACCGUCGAACAGCUACGGUCGAAUGCCGACGCGCUGCGCAUCGCGCCGCUCGAUCCCGCGUUGCACGCGCGGCUCUCGGCGGCGGUGCGGCAGGAGUGCGACGAGUAUUGGGAGGACCGCAAGGCGCUGCAGUGGAAUUGA